UUCCGCCCUGCGCCGCGACUGCGCAGUCCGCACCGCCUUUUGGGCGCUGAGGCCGCCUUCCCUGCGGCAGGUACAGGUUUCUUGCAGCUCCACCAUGUGGAGCCAGCGGCAGGGCCGCCUCAGGCCGUUGCGCUGUGGGGUGGAGGAGCUCCGGCGCCGCCGGCGGGAGCAAGAGGCAGGUGCGAUGGGCGAAGGAGCCCGGGAGGUCGCGGCACUACGGAAGGCGCGGAGGGAGCAGCAGCUGGUCAGCAAGAGGCUGCUGAGAGACGAAACCUCGGAGGAAGCCGAAGAGGCCUGUGUGGCCGUCAUCCUCGGGGAAGCCGAGAUCCAGCAGUUCCUGCGGUUAGCUCAGCGGGGGCCAGAGGAAAAGGAGAGAGAGCAGGCUCUGGUCAGCCUUCGCCGAGGCUUGCAGCAUCCUGAGACACAACAGACCUUCAUCAGGCUGGAGGGCAGCAUUCGGACUCUGGUGGGGCUCCUGACCAGCAACCAGGCCCUGCUGCAGCUCGGGGCGGCUCGGUGCCUUCAUGAGCUCUCUCACUCUGAGCAGUCUGCGGUGGCCGAGGCCUGCCUGCCAGCCACGUCCUACCUUCUCACCUACCUCUCCGGUCACAGCGCAGACUUUAUAACCCUCGAGGACGGGGGUGCUCCGUCUUCCCCAGCCCGGCCCGAAACAGCGCUUUUGUUGUCCUGCUCUCAGGAGCUUUGUCUGUAUACACUGGGUAACCUGAUCGUGGAGAGUGAGGCUGUGAGAAGGCAGCUCCUGCCACAGGGCAUUGUUCCAGCCUUGGCUGCCUGCAUCCAGUCUCCCCACCUGACUGUGCUAGAAGCCCUUGGAUACGCCUUGGCCCAGCUUCUGCAGGCUAAGGAAGCUCCAGAGAAGAUCAUCCCCUCUGUCCUGGGCUCCACUCUCCCCCAGCACAUGCUGCAACUGUUGCAACCUGGCCCAAAGCUAAGCCUUGGGGUCGCUGUGGAGUUUGCCUGGUGCCUUCACUACAUCAUCUGCAGCCAGGUCAACAAUGCCCUGCUCAUCACCCAUGGGGCUCUGUCCACUCUGGGGCUGCUGCUGUUGGACCUGGCUGGAGCUGUCCAGAGAACUGAGGAUGCAGGACUAGAGCUGCUGGCAUGCCCUGUGCUUCGGUGUCUAAGCAACUUGCUAACAGAGGCUGCAGUGGAGGCUGUGGGAGUGCACCCGCAGCUGCGAGAUGAGCGUGUCGUGGCGGCCUUAUUUAUCCUCCUGGACUUUUUCCUCCAGAAACAGCCCAGCCUGCUUCCUGAGGGCCUCUGGCUCCUUAACAACCUCACGGCCAACAGCCCUAGUUUCUGCACCUCCUUGCUCUCCCUGGAUCUGACCGAGCCCCUCUUGCAGUUGUUGUCAGUGUCUAACGUGGUGAGCGGAUUGGUGCUCACGGUUCUGUGCAACGUUGCAGAGAAAGGUCCUGCUUACUGUCAGCGUCUCUGGCCAGGGCCCCUGCUCCCCUCCUUGCUGGACACGUUGGCCUUCUCUGACACUGUAGUAGUAGGCCAGAGCUUGGAGCUGCUGCAGCUGCUGUUCCUCUACCAGCCGGGGGCCGCCCAGGCCUUCUUACAGCGGUCAGGGCUACAGGCCCUCCAGAGGCAUGAAGAGGUGGCCCAGCUCCAGGAUCGUGUGCGUGCUCUCCAGCAGACAGCUCUUCGUGGGUGACCUGGCCCCUCAUAGUCACGUUCUCCACUCCUCUCCCACCCCCCAUCUUCCCAGCCUGCACAGAGCCCUUUUUGGGGGUCUGGCACCACAAUGACAUGUCAUGCCUUCUGCUCCCACACGUAAGCCUAAGCCAAGACCUCUGAAUCCCAGCUCCUCCUCUUUCACCCAGGAUUGUGCAGGCAGGAGGACCAGAAGGAACUCAUUGUGGCCUACUUAAUCUGAGUGUCUGGGAUUGCUUUUUUUCUUUUGCUUUAGCAGCUGUGGCUUUUUUGAUGGGACAGAAUAAAGUUUUAUUUUUAUAUUUAA